GCCUUUCCCUCCUCCUCUCCACUCGGUUCUUGGCCCAUGCCGCGUGUCGGGGCCUCUUGUCGAUCCCCUCCAUCGAUCUGAAACCAGCCCAGGCAGCAUCGCAGCCACAGCUCGAUCGCUCUCCCAGUCCCAGGUGGAGCCCCUCUGCUUUCUUCCCCUCAUCCGUCACAUUCCUGAUUCCCUGCAGCGCGACCACCACUGCAUCCGGUGUAUCUCCCAGGGAAGCCCCCAUUGCCAUAUCGCAGUCAUGGAAAAGUUCAAAGAUAAGCUGGAGCACCUGGAGGAGCAGCUCAAAGAAUCCCACAUCGAGGCCAAAGCUUCCAAUUUCAAGCACAAGGUCGGCAAGUUCUUCAACAUUGUUAAUCCCAACCAUCGCCAUGAUGAGGCGCACGAGCAGGCCACGGACCACAAGAGGACCGCCGUUUCCGAAGCGCACCGGUUCCAAUCAUUCGCCCCCAUCCGGGAGGGCAACCGCGUCAAGUGGUACGUCGAUGCGCUGGACUACAUGUGGGCGGUCUCCAUCGCGCUGGAAGAGGCCAAAGAGACCAUCUAUCUCGCGGACUGGUGGCUCUCCCCCGAACUGUUCCUCCGCAGGCCCCCGUUCAUGGCCCAGGAAUGGCGAUUGGACCAGGUCCUGAAGCGGCGCGCCGAAGCGGGGGUGAAAAUCUAUGUGAUUGUGUACAAGGAGGUGAACCAAGCAUUGACCUGCAACUCGGCCCAUACCAAACACGCCCUUCGCAACCUGUGCCCGGAAGGAAGCCCGGGCUACGGCAACAUCAAAAUCCUGCGUCACCCGGACCACAACAUCUUUGAGAAUGCAGCCGAUAUGACCCUGUACUGGGCGCAUCACGAGAAAUUCAUUGUCAUCGACUAUGCGUUGGCGUUCAUCGGAGGCAUCGACCUCUGCUUCGGGAGAUGGGACGCCCACCAGCACCCGUUGGCCGACGUCCACCCGUCGAACCUGCGGAAUGAGGUCUUUCCCGGACAGGAGUUCAACAACAACCGCAUCAUGGAUUUUCAGAGCGUGGGCGAUUGGCAGGCGAACGAACUCAGUAAGGCGGACUACGGCCGGAUGCCCUGGCACGAUGUGGCCAUGGGCCUGAUGGGUGACUGUGUGUAUGACAUUGCAGAGCACUUUGUCCUCCGGUGGAACUUCAUCAAGCGAGACAAGUACAAACGGGACGACAGCGUUGACUGGCUGAUGCUCGAGGGUCGUACUGGGGAGGACGAGGACCUGGUUGCGGUCCAGCGUCCGAAAUAUCCUUGCGGUGAAUACGUGCAACACCCUCUCACCCCGCUCGAUACGAAGCCCGUGGGGCAGCAGGGCUUUGCGCGGGCGCAGAUCGUGCGCAGCAGCGCCGACUGGAGCAGUGGGAUCCUCACCGAGCAUAGCAUCCAGAACGCCUACAAGGAGAUCAUCAGCCAGGCGCAGCACUUUGUCUACAUCGAGAACCAGUUCUUCAUCACUGCUACCGGAGAUAAGCAGGGGCCGAUUCUCAACACCAUCGGACGGGCGAUUGUCGACGCGGUGAUCAACGCGGCCAGGGAAGGGAGAAAGUUUCGCGUGAUCAUCGUGAUCCCGGCCAUUCCUGGGUUUGCAGGAGAUCUGCGACAGAAUGCAGCCACAGGCACGCGCGCGAUCAUGGAUUACCAGUACAAGUCGAUCCAUCGCGGCGAAAACUCGAUUUUCGGCCAGAUCGCUGCCGCGGGCCUGAACCCGAGAGAUUAUGUCUUCUUGUUCAACCUGCGUGCAUACGAUCGGAUUAACAAGACCCCCGCUCUGGUCAAAUUGGAAGCAGAGGCGGACGUGACGUACAAUGACAUCCAGCGCGGAAUUGCCGAGUCCAUCAUGAGUGACAGUGUCCACCCUGCCAUCGGCAAGGACGGGGACAAGCACGAAGUGAGCUACGACAACGCGCAGCAGGAGAAGGAGAUUCGUCUCGCGCGACUGCGCAAGUACGAGGAAUCCCACGAGCGUUACCAGGAGCUCGAGGGUCUCAAAGGCAAUGACUCUGUCGCCCACGCCACCAUGCUCAACGGCGGUAAGAUGUCGGAUGAGCACUGGGAAGGAGACCCGGAGGUGGAGAAAGAGAACUUUAUCCAGGAAGAGCUCUAUGUGCAUGGAAAGGUGUGCAUCGUAGACGAUAGAGUUGUCAUCUGCGGUAGCGCCAACAUCAACGAUCGAUCCCAAGUCGGCUAUCACGACAGCGAACUCGCCAUUGUCGUUGAAGACCAAGACAUGAUGGACAGCGUCAUGGACGGCGAGCCAUACAGGGCCUCCCGCGUCGCCGCUACCCUCCGCCGCCAGCUGUGGCGCGAGCACCUCGGCCUCCUCCCUGCGCAGGAGUACGACGUCUCCGAACACCCGAACGCAAAGCCUCCGUACCAGUGCAUGAACUACAUCCUCGAGGGCCCUGAAAAUGACUUCGUCACGGACCCCAUGGACGACGAUCUCUGGGAGAUGUGGACCGGCCGAGCCACGGUCAACACGGACAUGUACCGGGUCUUGUUCCGCGCCGACCCCGACGACAACAUCCGCACGUUUGACGAAUACGACAACUUCUGCCCUCGCAGCGGACAGAAGCAGGGCCACUUGUUCGACCCGUACCAGCCUGUCUCGGAAGUACGCGAGAAGUUGGACAAGAUCAAGGGCCAUUUGGUCUGGAUGCCGUUGGAAUUUUUGAAAGAUGCCAACAUGGCUGAGCCGGGGUUACAGGUGAACCAGAUUACUGAGGUGAGAUAGCGCGCUACAUGCAUUGCGUGUAUAUGUCGAGACUGAGACUGACACAUGACCUCUCACAGAGCAUCUACACUUGAAGUCCCCCUUCGUCCCUCCCCCGCCUUCUCCAUCUCCAUCUCCAUCUCCUCCCGUUCGAGUAAUGUAUAUGGUGAGGCAAUCUAGUUUGAUAUAAUACCAUCUCACCGCGUAUCAUUUCCCCAUAAUUACCUUACCCUCUUCUUGUUCUACUUCUACUUGUGUAAAGAAAACAUGUAUCUCAUCUCCGCUAUACCCAUCUCCAUACCCAUCUCCAUACCCAUCUCCAUACCCAUCUCCAUACCCAUCUCCAUACCCAUCUUCAUACCCAUACCCAGACCCAUACCCCCCAAGACAUACCUAGCCUCACCAACUGAACUCCCACCAGCCCAGUCCAUCACUCACCACUCACCACCUCCCCAU